CCCUAGUUCCCACAAUUCUGUCCGCUGAAGAUAAAUUUUUUUUGUGCGAUUUCCGGUGGAAAGGUAUUUCUGUAAUAAUGGUGAAGAAGAAAUCAAGGAAGAUUGUACAUGAUAGUGACAGCGAUUUGGGGUUUGAUGGAUUUGAGGAUAAAGUUACUCAUGUGGGUAAGAAGAAGAAAUCAAGGAAGACGGUAGAUAGCGAUGACGACUCCCAGGUGGAUAAAAAUGACGAUGAUCGUGAUGAAUAUGAUUAUGAUGAUGACGUGGAGGUGGGUGAAGGUGUGCUCGAUGAUAAAAAUGUUCUAAAAGAGGAGGAAAUGGAAGAGCUGGAGAAAGAGUAUUUAGAGCUUAAAAACGAGGAGCAAGAUAUUUGGAAGAAUCUGAAGCAUCAUAAGGAUGAGGAUACCCAAAAAGGUCAAGCUGUGACAAAUCAACGGGCUAUCUGGGACAAGACGCUUGAAUUCAGAUUCUUACUGCAAAAGUCAUUCUCAAGUUCGAACCGACUUCCCCAGGAACCAGUUAGGUCCUUAUUUUGCGAAACUGAUAGUGAUGUCAGCGAAGCGUAUUCCGAUUUAAUUGCUUCCUCAAAGAAGACGUUGGAUUCUAUACUGGAACUACAGCAGGCAUUGGUGGCAAACAAUCCAUCGAUUACUCAAUUCGAAGAAGCUAAUUCCAUGAGCGAUUCCAAGCAAUUAGAAGCUUCCGAUAACUCAAAUGAAGAUAUUGAUAAAGAAUGGUUGCAGAUUUCUCAAAUGCAAUCAAGAAUGGCUGCAUUUAGAAACAAAUCAAUUGAUAAAUGGCAGAGGAAGACUCAGGUCACAACCGGUGCAGCUGCUAUCAAAGACAAAUUGCAUGCGUUUAAUCAGAGUAUAAGCGAGCAAGUGGCUGCUUAUAUGAGAGAUCCAAGUAAAAUGGUUAAGGGGAUGCAGCAGAACAAAUCGGCCGUUGCAGUAUUUGGAAAAGUUCCGGAUUCGACUGAUAAUAAUAUCAAGAAAGAGGAGACUUAUGCAAACGAUGACCCUGAACUUCUGGAUGACAUGGACUUCUACCAGCAAUUAUUGAAGGAGUUCUUUGAGUCAAUCGACCCGGAAUCAUCUGAAAUGGCUUACUAUGCUGUGAAAAGAUUGCAAACUAAAAAAAGAAAAAUCGUCGAUCGUCGUGCUUCAAAGAGUCGCAAGAUCCGGUAUCAUGUGCACGAAAAGAUCGUCAAUUUUAUGGCACCGCGGCCCAUGGACUUCCCUCCAACGGCCUCCAAAGUAUUCGACAACUUGUUCGGCCUUAAAACCCAGAAACCCAUCGCAGGGGCAUAACCGUCUUUUCACUACACAUAUCAAAGUUAGUACGGAUUGUCGAAUCCACGAGCUCAAAUUUUCUCGCCCGAGUCACAGCUCAACAGCUUUUUUCUGUAAUGCUAUGUGAACAACUCUUGUAUAACAUCCAGUAGACAUCAAUUCUGCAAAACAUUUUAACUUUCACUUAUUUAUAUUUAUUAAAUUAGUGAAA